CUUUACUGGGUACCAGGCCACCAAGACAUCCCUGGGAACGAAAAAGCAGACGCCCUAGCUAAAGAAGCUACUGAGCUAGACCCUCCUUCUACUAGCAAAACUAGCCUAGCUAUUACUAGCUCGCGAAUUAAGCAGCUAGGAGAGAGAGAAUGGCUAAGCCAACUUGAACAGUAUAGGAAAAAAGCCACUAGCAAGAAUCCACAUACGUACGCAGCAAAAUACAAGUGGAAGAUAAGAAAGCAAAUCGCUAUUCCUAGCAAUACUAGAAGAGAGAUUUCUAGCGCUUUCUACCAACUUAAACUAGGGCACUGUUACCUAAGGGACUACCUAUAUAAGAGAGGGAAAGUAGAUUCUAAUAGUUGCCCCUGCAACUAUAGGUCUAUACAAGACCUACCUCAUAUUCUAUUUAGAUGUAAUCUAUAUAGAGAGGAAAGGAAAGGACUAAGAGAAGCCUGCGAAGGCGAUCUAUCACUACCUAUCCUCCUUUAA